AUGGAAGUGAAACGAGAGGUCGUCGCCGUCUUCCAUUGUGAAGCCGAUUUCCUUCAAUCGUUGGAUUACUUUUAUUGUUGUGUGGCUGAACGCGUUCUUGUGGAUUGCGAGAAGCAGCGUAUCUUUGCGACUACGUUACCAAUAAGAAGUGUUUGGUGUUCUCAAUGCAUGUUGCCUGAGAAAAAUGUAUCGCCUGUCCUAUAUCUCCAUUGGAAAUUCCAACUCAAGUUCUUGGUGGAUACCAUGCUCGAAGGCAGUGUUAUUCCUUGCUACGCAGAAAAACGCUGUCUACAAGCCACCAAGGCUUCCCUUCUGGCAGCCAACAAUACACAAAUUCAUAUCUACGGACAAAAGUUCCUCAACCGGGAUCUAGGAAUUUGUCGAGUUUUGGAGCCAGAGUACAGAGUUCGACGCCACAUAAACACCAACGGACCACCGGUGUUUGCUAGAGCUCGGCGCUGGAAUUCCGACAAACUACGCGGGACCAAACGGGAAUUUCAGCACAUGGUCCCGAAGCAAAACGGUGAAUAG